AGCUAAUGUUUGCAAGAAAACAUGGUCAGUUAAGGAGAGAUAUAAGGCGAAAUGUAAAUUCUGGAAAUGGGGCCGGUGUACAAGAUACAGAACCAUUUAUAAAUCUGAACUGUACUGUUGUCCUGGAUACAGAAGCGAACCAGAUGAUCCCACAUCCUGCAAAUACGCUAUUUGUGAUGAUAAAACAGAUUACGGUGGGGCCGCCUGCACAUUGCGUUACUCUGAUGAUGGAAUUUUGAAGCGGAACCAUCCACUGGUGCGUGACAGUGGGGGAAAGUGCUCCUCCCUGGAGAAGUGUACAAGUUGUAAUGAUGGCUUCUAUGCAGACGGACCUUAUUGUAAAAUUUGUCCUCCUAUUGCAAAUUGCAACCACAGGAAUUGUACCUCCCCGGGGGAUAACAUCUGCGUUUACUGUGAGGGGGAGGUGCUGGAGAGGGAUUAUUACAGGGCUUACACACCAGUCCCCAGUCAGAAAAAGAAAUGUGAAAAGGCCUGUUCCUGGAGAUCGGACAGUACGAGGUGUUACCCUGGGACCUGUACUGACGGCCUGGCCUCCAAGUGUCAAUGUACCCCGGGCUUCGAGGGCCAACACUGUGAAAAAAUUGUAACAGAGGCCUCAAUCAUGGAGAACGAGUGUAAAUUAGAAGAUCCGACAGGGAGGACCUUGGGAAACCCUGCCGAUUUGAGCGAGGGUCCUCCCCAGCCCACCCGCUGGACCAACAAUGUAACCUGGACCAGGGCAGUCAUAAAAUGGGACGCCUUCUUAAAGACUCCAGGAGACCCUCCUAUUAUCGAGGGAUUAGAUCAUUACGUCACUGACUUUAGAUAUGGAAUUAAAUUCGCAUCUACUAAAUUGCUUCAAUAUAGGCGGGGAAGUAAAAUUUGUGAGCUGAUUCACAUUUGUGAGGGAGUGUCAGAAAGAGCUCCAAACACUACAUCGUUUUUAUGCAAAAAAACCUUUGACAAUCAAGGACACCCAUUGCUGGAUUUGAAACACAAUGAUCAAUUAAUAUUCUAUCUCCAAGCCACAACAGGAGGUUACAUAAAAGUGAAAAACCGAGAGGCCAAUAACAAGAUAGAUUACCAUCCUUUAGUGGGCAAGACAACAGAGAGAGAGUUUAAAUACCACUGGGACUUGGAGAAGCCUUAUCAUAAUUUAGUUAAAGGUGUUGAUAAUCCACCAUUCCUAAGUGUUCCAGAUUUAACAGAAAAUCCAACAGUUGACAUGACAUGGGGAGGCUGGACAGAUGAUUUGUCAGGGCUGGAGAAGUACCAGUAUGAAGUGUAUGAGCUAGGGCAUGAUGGGAAACUGUUAGGAGAGAAGCAGGGAAAGAUAAUCAAAAUGCCAACUGAUAUAGCACUUAAUGCUACAGGGGAAUCCUUUGACUUGCCAGCACCAGGGAUGUACUCUAUUCAUUUCUCAGCAUUUGACAAAGCAGGAAACCACAAAACUGGAAGAAAAGUCCUACUCUAUGACAACAUUUCUAAUGUUACCACCAACCCGACAAAGGUCACAAGGGUCACCACAGCUACCAAGGAAACAAAUUAUGUAUGGGUUACCAAGGAUACCAGUUAUGUGGAUGUAAUGUGGAAGGACAGAUUUCGUAAUUAUCACCAUGAGGACAAGCGAUGGCUAAACAGAGUGGCAUCAGCUACAGCAGUGGAAUCAAAAUACGAUGAUCAUUAUGGAGAAAGACAAAGCAAGCAGAUUGCAAAUGUUCAUGCAUUGGUGGAUUUCAAAGUGGCAUACAAUGUUACUGAUUCAACUAGUACUGUGGACUCCCAAGAUUUCACAUCAGUGCCCUCUAUCUUUAACCAAGGUGACCAGCUUAAUUUACCGUGGACAGAUGGUAACAAGCUGGAGGUAACUGUGCGUGCAAUAGACGUGCUGGGUAAAUAUUUAGAUGAAUCAAUCACGGUUUACAGGGAUGCGUCGCCGCCUCACAUCGAGGAUUUGUGGCUGACGCGUGGAGAUAGAUUGAAUGUCAGUGUUCAUAGAAUCGAAGACUUUAAGGAAAUGACGAUAGAGUGGAUUGCAUAUGACCAUCACAGUGGACUGAACAACAUUGCCUGGAGAUUGUUUGAUAACGUCACAGGGAUAGAUGUACUGCAUGGGCAGGAGGAUAUCCCAGCUCAAGGAAUGGCCAAUGACACACAAGAUUGUGAAUCAAAAUAUGGAAGCUAUGCUAGAGGAGCUAACUGUUACGAAACUCCAUUCUGGGGAGCCUACCAUAAACACUUUCAGGUGAAACCAAUAAUAGCAUCAAACGGUGGACUGAUAGACGGAAAACAUAAAGGUGUGCAUGAUUCUGAUUAUUACCUGGAGGUGACCGCCACUAACAAGGCCAAACUGACCACCAUACUGUCCAAGAAGAUAACAAUAGACACUUCCCCUCCCCACACAGGGGUGGUGGAGGAUGGGAUACCAGGAAGGGAGGAGGUGGACUACCAGCAGAGUAAGACCCUGACCGCCCACUGGGAAGGCUUCUUUGACAGGGAGAGUGGGGUGCUCUUCUACCAGUAUGGAUAUGACAACAAAACUCUCACUGCCUCAGACUUUUCUCUGGAGGCCAGUGGAAAUGGAAAGAUUUUUGAGACCUACUCGAUGCAUGCCACCCACACUGUGACUACAGAGGGACUGUAUUACAUCUGUGUUGUGGCCUAUAACCGCGCUCUAGAGCCCUCGGAACCUGUGUGUUCAGACGGAGUGACGGUUACUACAGCAGUGCCAUCUGUACAGGAAGUGAACAUAGAGGGAGCCACAACCACUGGGGGACUCGUUACAGACGGAAAAGACUUCUGGAUUGUUAGCAGUAACAGAUUCCGCAGGCUAAUCAAAGAUCCCACACCAGACUGCAAUUCCAAGGCUACAGUUUUAUCUGACCUUGACCUUUUGCCUGCUGAGCACCAUGACAACGGUACAUUUGUGACAGUAAAUGGCAGUGUGUUUUGUGCUAACUCAACAGGAUCACCUGCUAAACUAAGUCCCACAUUAUCUAAAUCAUCUCGGCUGUUUUUGAGUUGGCUACCAGUUGCUAACCCUGGCAGUGUCCAUGACUAUGAAGUGGGAUUUUCUUCGACAGCAGGGAGCCCUGCCCCAGACAUCAUGGCCUUCAGAAGAACCAAACAGCACCCCCACAUCCACGUGCACCACACUGACGUACCAGAUGGGUCCGAGUUUUACAUCAUCAUCAAAACGAUCAGCAAAGCAAACGUGGAGGGAACCCAGUCCAUUGGUCCCUGUUUUAUGGACACCACACCUCCAGUGUUUACAGGACCUAUCAGUGUCACUCACUCAAAUGGAUUCCUUAUUGCAUCAUGGGGACCUGGUGCUUUUGCUGAUGCCCAGGAGCCAAACCAACUGAAGCUAGAAUUUGCUAUUGGACACAUGCCAAGACAAACAGAUGUGCAGUCCCACAUUCCACUUCAGAGUGGUGGAUCUUGUGUGGUGGGAAACCCUCCGACCUGUACAGCCAUUGGUGUGUCAGACACAGAGUGGAGAUUUCAUGGCCAUCAGAAGUACUACGUCACUGUCAAGGCAGAGAACUCAGCUGGACUCUCAACAUAUGCCGUAGCUGAUCCUUAUGUUCAUGAUGUACAGCUGGCUACCAAGGGAGUGGUGUUUGAUAUCCAGGCAUCUAAUCUAGGUCAAAUGCCUUUCACUGAUAUAGAGGAUGUAGAUUUCACCACAACGAAAGACAGCCUGACGGCGCACUGGGAGGGCUUCUUUCACCCCCACCUCAACGUGACCUACAAGUACCAGGCAGGAACCACUCCAGGUGGUACAGAUGUGGUGCCUUCUGUAGAUGUGGGGUCUGUGGAUUCUCAUUCUGCUACUGGUCUUAGUCUAGAGAAUUUCAAGACUUACUAUGUGACAGUAACAGCAGUGACCUUGUCAGGCAGUGUGACCAUGACCUCUGAUGGGGUCACAGUCGUUCAGGAGGGUGCUGUGUUAUCUGGGAUAGAUAUCAAUGAUGGAGAGCCCUGUACCAUGACAGUUGACAAUGGUACUAUGUUUAAACACCAUUAUGAG